GGGAAGAAAAAUAUGAAUCUCCGUAGAAGCAUGAACAACGCAAGUAACUCAUUAAUAAAUGAAGACAAGUUCAGGUCAGGCCAUUCAAAGACGCUAGGAGGAAAUGAUAAAGAUGCAUUUACACCUUAUAAACAGAUGCAUGAUGAAGAUGACCAGCAAUACCUGGAUAACCUCUCUGAGAUGCAUAAUAUAUCUAUAAAGGAAGCUUACGAGCAUGAAUGUGAUGUCAGGAAGACCAUAAUCAGUUCUAUUCUUCUUCUGUGAAUGGCUACUAUAAUAAUACUAGUAAUCGUAUUUAGAGAAGACAUUAUAGAAAAGAUGAGCGAUUUCAUGGAAAUAAUCAAAGAGCACCCAACGAAAACAAUUUUAAUAUAUUUCUUAUUGAUGACAUUAAUGAUAUCAGCUUCUGUACCAUCCGCUAUUCCUCAAGUAUCAGGCUCUUAUCUCUUUGUUCAAGCCUUUGGUUUCUUGAAGGGACUUCUGGUAAUGAUUGUAGUCGACUAUUUUUCAAUGCUCAUAGGAUGAGUCCCACCCUUCCUUUUUGCCAGGUAUCUCCUCAAAUCAUGAGUAAAGGACUACACCUCCGAUAAGCCUAAAAUGAUGGCUCUGGGGAGAGCAUUAUCUAAGAACGCGAAGAAACUAGUUGCCUUAAUGAGGUGAUGAGCACUCACUCCAUAUGUAGUCUUCAAUAUUGUAUGCGGGAUAACAGAUAUGUCAGUUUUUGAUUACUGUAUUGGCAAUUUAGCUAUAAUCUUCUGUGAUGGUCCUUACAUCUACAUUUGAUGCAGCAUCUCUAAGAUUUCAAGUGGAAUCGAGGAAGCAUCUACAGGAGCAGUUAUAGAGCUUAUUGUUAUAAUAAUCAGCGUCAUAAUUGUAUUAGGAGUUGCUUAUUAUGUUUACAAGAUUGCACAAAGUGAGGCAGAUAAAAUCAUGGAGCAAAGACGGAGUAGUUUAGUUGCCAGAAGAACCCUUAGCAAAGUGGCUCGUAUGAGCGAUGUUGAAGCUGUUGUCAGACUCACUAGUGACGUAAAGGAGACAAAUGGUAGGAAAGAUAUCGAUAAACAUUCGACAGAGCAAAAGAAAAGUGGGUGGGAGGAACUUGAUAUACACAGAAAUUAA